CCGUUUCUAUCCCAUAUCCGGUCAACAUGAGGACAUACGACGACGUGUUCUCCGGCCAGCGGAUCUACCCUGGAAAGGGGAAGCUGUAUAUCCGCGGCGACAGCAAGAUCUUCCGAUUCCAGAAUGGCAAGACCGAGAGCUUGUUCCUCCAGCGAAAGAACCCGCGUCGCAUUGCCUGGACCACUCUGUUCCGAAGGCAGCACAAGAAGGGCAUCACUGAGGAAGCCGCUAAGAAGCGCACCCGCCGAACCGUGAAGCACCAGCGCGCCAUCGUCGGUGCCUCGCUCGACGUCAUUAAGGAGCGCCGCUCCAUGCGACCCGAAGCUCGUGCCGCUGCCCGAACCGCCGCCAUCAAGGAAUCCAAGGAGAAGAAGGCUGCGACCGAGAGCAAGAAGAAGCUGGAGAAGGCCAAGAGCGCUUCCGGCGCCGCGAGGGGCCAAGGACAGCGACUCCAGAGCAAGCAGGGUGCGAAGGGCGCGGCACCGAAGGUGCAGGCGAAGACCCGUUAAGGUUGGACGUGCUUGGGUUGUGGUGGGGAUGAAAGCUACAUGAUCGUACAGCGGUUGCUGAUGCAUCGGAACAACUGGGUAUCAACUGGGUAUCGGCGUCUUUGCAUGGCCUGUUAUUCAUCAAAGGGCUUAUAAAAUGAAUCCACGUCUCCGAGAUUGAGACAACAUUAAAGUCAUACCCUUCAAGGUGUCGGCCGAUUGCAGGCCUGUCACUAACCCCGAGAUUUCGUAUCAACAGUAUGGCCAAGACUCGCGCACGAAUAACUUUGAAGUCUCUCAAUUUUUUGGGUUAAUACCCUAACUCCACAUGCCAUCCUAUCGUCACCGCUGGAGUAGUGCUUUAUCUAUAUAGACCAGCGCCGAAAGGGGAAGAAAAGAAAACCCACGCUGGAUGAAUUCAUCAUUUGAG